UCUUAGCAAGCGGAACAUCUCCGCUGAUAACAUCUUUCUGUGGCAGAGCAAGGCUGUUCGCCUUGCAAGCGAGCUCACGAUAGCAAUUUACGGGCUCACAUUGUUGAAGUCAGCACCUCAGCCUGUGGAGACGCUGCCGUUAGACCUCCUUGAUGAACGCCGUGGUCGCAUGAAGACAUACGGUGGAGCCGCGGCGUGUGACAGGAGACAGGCGCUUCCUGUAUUGAGCUUAUGAAAUGAAACAGUCAUUAGCGUCAGCUCGCAAACCUUCGGUUUGACAGGCACUUGCCUCGACGGUGACAUUGUUGCACGCGAGGGGAUGCCGACGCUCGAAAAUAACGGAGUGUGUGGUUCUCGCAGAAGGAUUAUCUUAUAAAUGAACGGCCACUGAACACUCUAGUAUCGACUGUGGUCGCUGAGACAACCUUCGACUUUACUGUGCUUGCAGUGCGAUUUGGUCCUAGUCUUGAUCCUGCCAGCUCCGUAUUACGCACCGUGUAGUUCUACCAUUCAUUUUGUCACCAAGAGCUAUCUAUAUUCCUGUCGUGCAGGCGAGAUGGACCCUGAGCAGAACCAGACCCAGCCUGAUGGAGCUGUACUUUCUGCUGGGCCGACUGAAGGCGGCACCUCCUCUCCUGCCCCCCCUGAGUCUACUGCCCCAGUCAUUGACCUCCUGGCGGCUCCCUUGGCCCCAACCCGCCCUCGGCGACCUCAGAGAGCUGCUCAUGUGGAGGGCUCCAUCGACGUCUCAGAGUCCAAAUCGCCCGUAGCUCCUGAAUCUGCCCCUGCCCCUGCCCCUGCCCCUGCCCCUGCAUCCAUCCCUGAUGACUCCCCUGCGCCCCCUGCCUCCGCCCCCACCGCCACCCCCCCUGUUCCCGGCCCUUCGGGGGGCCCUCUGCCCCACAAGCCCCUGCUGAAGGGGGCGGUUCACCAGGUGGGGGGCCGCAGCCCCAUGGCCAUGCGCGCCGCCUCACUGCCCCAGGCGCCCUCCUCCAAGCCCCCGCCCAGGGCAGCUGAGGCCUACGGCCACGCCCACAGGACCAUGUCUGUGGCCGGCACGGCCGACACGCAGCCGCAGGUGGUGGAGGACUUCAGGAUACACGUAAUCACAUGGAACGUGGGCUCAGCCAUGCCUCCUGACGACAUCACCUCACUGCUGGGACUCAACGUGGGAGAUGGCAACACAGACAUGUACAUCAUAGGGCUGCAGGAGGUGAACUCUAUGAUUAACAAGCGUCUGAAAGAUGUGCUUUUCACUGAUCAGUGGAGUGAGGUCUUCAUGGACCGACUUGGCCCUUUCGGAUACGUGCUGGUGACGUCUCAGCGGAUGCAGGGUGUGCUGCUUCUCGUCUUUGCUAAGUAUUACCACCUGCCCUUCCUGCGGGGCGUGCAGACAGAGACCACCCGCACCGGCCUGGGUGGCAUCUGGGGUAAUAAAGGGGGGGUGAGUGCCCGCAUGACAGUGUUUGGCCACUCGGUCUGCUUUCUCAACUGCCACCUACCGGCUCACAUGGAGAACUCGGAGCAGCGCAUGGAUGACUUUGAGAGCAUCUUGCAACAGCAGCAGUUUGAAAGCCAGGUGGCCAUGGGCGUGCUCGACCACGAUGUGGUGUUCUGGUUUGGAGAUCUCAACUUCCGCAUUGAUGACCUGGACAUGCACGUGGUGAAGGGAGCCAUUGACGCCAACAAGCUGUCCGUGCUGUGGGAGAAAGACCAGUUGAAUAUGGCUAAGGACAGUGAGACCGUGCUGGAGGGCUUUCACGAGGGUCCACUCAAAUUCCCCCCCACCUACAAGUUUGAUGUGGGGACUAACACGUAUGACACCAGCGGUAAGAAACGUAAGCCAGCGUGGACUGACCGAAUCCUGUGGCGUUUGCGCGCAACGGCGCCCCCUGUGGUGGGGAACAGCAAGCGCCACUCCCUGUCAGGCCUGAGCAGCGGGCUGAGCAGCGGCACGCGGGUCACUCAGCACUUCUACCGCAGCCACAUGGAGUACACGUGCAGCGACCACAAGCCUGUGGCCUCCAUCUUCACCCUGCAGUUCCCGUAUAAGGUGGACAUCCCUCUGAUCACUCUGAUUGUGGAGGAUGAGUGGCGAGAGGUGGCUGACGCUGUGGUGCGCUUCAAGGUGACGCCCAACUUUGGACGCAGCUCUUGGGACUGGAUUGGUCUUUACAAGGUGGGCUUUAAGCAUCAUAAGGACUAUGUUGGCUAUACCUGGGCCAAGCAGGAAGAGUCAGACUACCUAAGGAAGGAACAUGAGGUGACCUUUCCAGAGGAGGAAUUGCCUAAGGGCUCUGGAGACUUCAUCCUGGGUUACUACAGUAACAACACGAGUACCAUAGUUGGCAUGACAGAGCCUUUCCAGAUCUCUCUGCCCACCUCCAGUCCUGGAGGGGUCAGUCCCUCCGACAGCUCUGACUUCAGUUCGGAGGACGAUGGAACGGUGGGCGGGGGCUCGCGGCCCUCCAGCCCCGACGGGGCCACCAGGCGACGCAGCAGCAGCAGCAGCCCCUCCCCAUCGCGAGGCUCCGCCUCACCCAGUGUCAAGCCCAAACGCAAGGGUCGCCACGGCAACAAACCCAAGAAGGCCCCGGACGUGCCAGCGCCCCCCAGCAAUGUGAAGAGUCCGGCUGAGGACCCUGAGGCCGGGGAGCCAGCGGCCGGCGAGGCUGGCGAGGCAGGCUCGUCAUAGGCCCGUUGGUCGCACUGCGCCGCGCCAUGCUGUGUGUGUGAGAACUCUGUAUGAGGGUUGGGGGUGGGCUCCUGUUGGGCAGGGCAGGAAGGAGGCCUCAAGCCUCAGCCUGUGGUCACUCUCACCCCACCCCUUCCCCCUCUCCUGCCAUUCCACUCUCUCUCCCUUCCUCCCUCUCUCCCUCCAUCCCUCUCUUUCUCUGUGUCAUUCACUCUCUCUAUGUCUCAGGUGGCUGCGUUGGGCGGCCUGUUUUGUCCAGUCCUACAGUCUCUCUCAGUAGCAGUGUCUGUGUCUCUCUCUGUGUGUGAGUGUUGUCAGACCUGGACCUGACAUGCUGGCGGUGCUCUGAGAGGCCUCUCGGCAGCUAAGCGGAAGAUUAGCAUUUAUGAGCAUAGCAGGAAACGUCUCCUGGACAGAACCUGAAAAUGAAUCCAGUAAACUAGAAGUCCAGUUUGCCUUUAUAUAAUUCUGCCAUGACUUCUACCAAGUCAUUGUCCUAGUGCCCGAGACAUAGAUUCAGGCCUGAGUUGCUUCAGUCACUUUGGCUGGGAGCCCUGGCACACAAUGUGCCGUCUCGACGAAAAUGGUUAGGGUCAACCAAAUUUGGUUGCCCCAGGGAACAAAAUGUCUGCCUUUUGCUACCCAGAACCUUUUUUUUCUCUUAAGAAGCUGUGAAGGCAGCAUGCAAGGUGCUCUGUAGAAGACACACCUGAAGGAGAAAAAUGCAAAAAAAAUCAGGUAUCCAAGUCAAGAACAGCACCCUAGCCAAGUAGAAAAGAAGCGUGGGGAAGCGUACUGUUGUCGCCUAGCGUUUGUUUGUUCUUGGUGUCCUUCCUGACCCCUCAGCUUUGAACCCUGAGCCCUCCGCUGGGCCACGCUGUUCUCUGCUCUCUCAGGAGCUUCGCUGAGCAUUCCGCUCCAGAUAAGAGGUUCUGCUGAAGCCUGUGAAGUCAAGAUCUAUGCGGUCAUAUCCUGUGAGGUCACGUCCUGUCAGGUAGUUGGUGUGUAAUAGACUUUCACGUUGAAGCUUGUGGAGUUCAGCUCAUUUGCCAUUGAUUUGUGUCCCUGUUAGCUGUUAAUCUGAAAUUAGUUUGAGUAUAGUCUAGGAUUAGGAUUUUCUAGAAUCCGUAACCUGUUGUAAAAAUGUUGUGCUCUUUUUCUGAUCCCAUCCCCUUUCUCUCUCUCUCUCUCUCUCUCUCUCUCUCUCUCUCUCUCUUUGCCUCGGUCCUUCUAUCUGGGUUAGUCAUGAGUGGGGGGCCGUGUAGUUGUCGUGUGAUGGCUGUAGUGUGACAUCCUCAGUGCACCAUCCAAAUAUACAGUAUUGUACCUCUGUCUUUAGCAGUACAGUAGGACAGUUUGUGCAGUCGUAAUGUAACUUGACAGUAUGAGUGUGUGAGAGCUAGAGAAUGUAUGGGUGUGUGGUUGCAUGGUUUGCCGCGCUUGACUCCUAGUUUGGUGCUGUGCAUUACCGUGUCUGACCUGUACUACGUGUCAGUGUUCAUAAAACUAUCAAACAAAUUUUU